CAGUACAGCUGCUGCUUUGUCAGGUAUUCCCUUGCCAAAAAAAUCACUUGUGAUGGGUUUUGCCUCUUUUUUUUUAUUCCAUUACAGUUAAGUUUUAUAAAUGAUCUCAAUUUUGACUUAGGAAAUUUUUUUCAGAUGCCUUUUUUUUUUUAACGUUUAUUUUUUUAAAAGAAUGAAUCUCUUGAAUGUGAAGUGUGUUUUCCAAUAGAAGAGUUGGGGGGGGCGUGCACGUGCACUUUUAAGAUUUGAUGAUUUGUUCUUCCCUUUUAAUGGUGCUUAGUUACUGGGAAAAAACUUGCAACUGGUUAGAGUAUUCUGAUCUCUUAAAAUAUGUCUGGAUCCACAUAUUUUAACUCUGUGUAUACACUCUGAAUAGCAUUGAUUUCAUUUUUUUAUUUGCAGAAGUUGGAAAAGCAUGUCCUGAGCCUCCACAUGCAUCUUUCUAGACCAGAAAGCCUUUGACUACACUGACACUAAACCUUUAUUCAUUUGAUAUGGAAUUUGCAUGGGUUAGAAAUGUCCAGAUUGUUUAAAUACAAGAUAUUUUCUCAGAACUGUGGCAUGCGUUGCUGACCUGCAUGCUCUCAUCAGCACGGAUAUAGCCUUGAGCUUUUUAUUUGUUCUUCAUCUUUAAUUUGAUAGUCAGAAUACAAAGCACGGGGCAGGCUGUCCUGCAUGGAUUUACUCUUACAAUGAAACGUCAAUACAGAAUAAAGACUCAUAGCACUUUAUAGAAGUCUAACACCCCAAAUGUUAACAUAUUUAGCAUUGUUCAGCAUGGCAACGUAACUUUUAUCAUCUCUCUUAGACUGGACUGAGAUAUAAAUCCUUACAGGGAGGAGCAACAGAGGUCAGUAGUCUACAGAAGUGUUUUCUCUCACCACAACUAGUAGGUCACUAUCACUCUGUAACUAUGUAUUUCGAGUAAGGAUAAUAGUUAAGCUGUGAGGCUACAUUACUCUUUGAAGGGCACUUCUAAUGUAACACUUUUGAAAAUGGUAAAUGUGAUUUCAGAGUACUCCAAAAAUUGAUAAGGGAAGAGGGACAGGAAGGUAAGGCAAGGCAAGGCAUGGCAAGGAAGAAGGAAGAUAGUCCAUUAGAGUACUGGUAUAGUACUUCGGAGACUGGGUCAGUUCCUGUGCAAUGCUGGGUUUGCUGUUCUGGUUAGUGUUUCCUCUCCAGUUCAGAGGAACUUGUCUACUGCUCAGUGUGGCACUACACAGCCUAUGGCCAGACCUGUGAGCUCAUAACUCCCACUGAUAUUGAUAGUGAACAAAUAGCAAGUAAAUACUUCUGAAUGGGAUCAUUUUUUAAAGGUAAUAUAGGUUUUUGAUAAUCAAGUGCCUAAUUUACUGAAUUACAGCACAGCUAAUAGUCAAGAGUGUUUACAUGCAGGGUGUUGUGAAGAUAAAUGAAUUUGUUGGCGAGAUGCUCAGAUUGUCUCAUUUGUUAUUUUUCCCUCAUACAUGGCAUUUGAUAGAUUGCAUGCUGCUUUCUAUGCAAAUAGCUUCAUCCUGGCUAGUUUGUAUGUUUGUCUGUGGGAAGAUAUAUCUAAAAAUGGUGGAUUUUUUUUUGGACAUUUUAAAUUAUGGUUGAGGCGGUUCCAUCCUGCGGAUUGCCUUGGCUGGGGACUUUGAGUUUUCCAGCCAGCACCACAUGAAGUGCCCAGCCCUGCUGCAGGUUCUUCUUGCCAUGCCGCUGCUCAUUUUCUCUCCCUGACUUGCCUGCCUACAGCCUCUAUCUCCCUUGGUUUGGGAGAGAUCUCCACUUUCCAGCUUUCUGCUGGAAUAUGGAGGUGGCAUAUGGGGCCCUCUGAGGAUGAUGCUUUCUGGCUUCUCCUUUCACUCCUGCCUUAAUCCCAGAACAAGUAGUAGAUAUUAUGUGGUUUAGAACAAGUCCAGAAGGACAGGAGCAGUCUGCCCUAUGCUUCCUCUUCCUGCUCUCCAAAUUGUUGCUAAGUUUUGGAAGCCAUAAGGCCACACAUGUGUAAGCAGACGCUGUGCAUGCAUUCCCACCUUUCUCCUCCCCCUUGCCCUUCCAGUGGGACACAGAAAGGCUGGCCAGCCUUCAGGAAGGGAAAAGCUCCUUGCAUCUGUGCUGAAGCAGCCUUCAUCCCUUCCCUCCUCCACACACAUCAUUUUAAAACCAAUGGUACCCUGUAAUGCAAAAUUUGCUAAAGCAUCUGUUUCUUCCCUGGAGCUCUGGAAAAAUUUGAUCAAUGUGACGAGUUUGUGUGAGUCUGCCUGGAAAUAUGCGUAUGUUAGAGGAUGAAUUCAACAUGCGUGUCUCUGACAGCUCCUAUUUAUACCUACGUCAAGGUCCAUAUUGUCCCUCUUGUGUUACUCCACCUCUCCAGUCAGUUCCUUGAGCAGUUGGUCUCUCCCCUUCUCCCAGAUAGUUUCCAGUCUCUUGUCUAGGAAGCCCUGAGUACAAAGAGUGCACUACCAUAAACCAGCAAAAGGAAACACCUGGAAAGGCAUUGGUUUGCACGGCUUUAUCUCAGAGAUCCUGCUGUAUUCAGGCAGCUUGUGUUUAUGCCGGUGACUCCUUGGAGCCACCCUGAGGAGCCGUGGAACAGGAGGUUGCUGCAGAACCUUGGGCUUACUGACAGCUAAAUUGGAUGAACCUUCGGGAUGCAGAAACAGGGAAAAUCCUCUGGCAAGGAACAGAAGAUCUAUCUGUACCUGGAGUGGAGCAUGAAGCUCGAGUUCCUAAAAAAAUCCUGAAAUGCAAAGCAGUGUCUCGGGAGUUAAACUUUUCCUCAGCAGAACAAAUGGAAAAAUUCCGACUGGAACAGAAAGUUUAUUUCAAAGGGCAGUGUCUAGAAGAAUGGUUCUUUGAAUUCGGUUUUGUGAUUCCUAACUCCACAAACACUUGGCAGUCCUUGAUAGAGGCAGCACCUGAAUCACAGAUGAUGCCAGCUAACGUUUUAACUGGUAAUGUUAUUAUAGAAACCAAAUUCUAUGAUGACGACCUUCUCGUAAGCACUUCCAGAGUGAGACUUUUCUACGUUUGAGAUGGGGCUUUUUGGAGCUGUUUUAGUUUUCCUCCAUACAGUUCUUGGUGCAGAACCCCCCGACUAUCCAGUGGAAGACACUCCUGUAGGCGGUGACCCUGGGGACCAGCUCAACGUGGGUUGUGACCUUUGCCCAUCAGUUAUUUUGCUUUCUCCUCUGACAAGACCAGACCAAACCCUCAGAGACAGGACCGUCUGCUCAGCGAUGCACUGGGGAAUAGAGGCUGUCUCUGAACACGGGCAAACGAUGGUCAUGCAGAACCAAUACUGUAAAUUAUGUUAGUCACAUCCUUUGUACUUCUCUGGAUGCUGGUAUAAUCUCCCAUUUCCACUGACACCAAACUCUUGAUGCAUUUCAUUUUUGAGGGAUUAAGUUAACCUGUUCGUUUUUCUCAUGUUGUAGGUUUUUAUCCUUUCACUGGAUUUCUGUGUAACUGGUCCACGCGUCCUCUUACCCUGAACUUGUAAAAUAGACUCUGAUAUCACCUAAUGUAAUUAAAACAAAUUUAUCAAUUAAAACAUUCCUACCGUCCAAAGAAGGGAAGAAAUAUUA